AUGGAUGGUUCAGCUUUGUCCACGUUCCCAAGAAGCUCCCGGUUGAGUCCAAAGCGAACCGGAAGCCAGACGAUGGCUGCAACUACCCUGGGCGCUGAGCCCAACAUCUCAACAACCACACUGAUCGACCGCAACCGGGAGUCGUUGGCCAACGGAGCGACACCGGCGCGAGAUCGACGAGACCGAGAAGGUGCUCCGGAUAGUCCACGUGACUCACCGGCCACCAACCGGAUCCGAUCGUUCAUGGGCAAAACACCGAGUGCCAUCAAGUCGAAGUUCCUGUCCGUGCUGGGCAAUAGCACCGAGAUCAUUAACGGAAUCUCCAACAAGAUCGAUGCCGCUCUUAGCCUAACGUCGUCCUCGGACACCGAAACUACGGCCAACCGCAACCAGAUGAAGGUGGACGAUAUGCUGCGGCGCAAGUACGAAUCGUCCAACAUGAAGCACCCAGACGAUUCGCGUGGAGAACAUCAGAUCGACUACGAAUUGCGUCGGGCGAAGGAACGGCGAGCUCACGAGGAGGUGCUUUCAGGACGCUACCGGAAUCCUGCCUUUUCACACCUGUUGCCACCACCGGCUUCUAGCACACCUCCACAACCAAUCCCAAUAGCGGCUCCAAUGGGGCCCUCGACGACUACAGCGAUGGUGGAAAAGGUUGAUCGGCCUCCAUCACACAGCCUCAGUGCGGAUUUCAGCCACAGCAAUUACAGUCAGAACUCGUACUCGCUCGACUCGAAAUCCCCACAAGCGUCAGCUGGUGCGAACGAGGGACCAGAAGGACUCCCGACGGUUCGAACCAACGUCGGAACCACACCGGAAGGUUUCCCUUGGGGCAAGGAAUGCACCAUGUGCCGUGAACCGCGGUUGGGUGUUCCGAGUAGCGCCUCCACCAGCGACAACGAGUCGUGCGCGUUCAGCGGGACACUGGAGUCGUCCGAGCUGAAGAUGUGGAUCCGUUCGGAGUCGGAAAACUCGGUACCAUCGUGGGCGUCCUCGAUCAGCCUCGACAGCCAGUCCGAGGAGGCGGUGCUCGACUUUAUGAAGCGUUUCGUGCGGAUUCUGUUCCACGAUAGUGCCACCAUCACGCUGCAGCUAAAGUCCGACUUUGGGCAGUACGCGCGGACGGAAACAGGACGGCUGUGGUUUUCCCGGCUGGUAAACGCUCAGCGCGCGAAAACGAAGCGCGUGGAUGAAUCGACGUUCUAUUCGCUGAUCCAGUAUUUCGCGAUCGUGCUGUUCGAGUGUGCCGAAAGCGAGGACUACUCACCGGCGAAAACUCUUAUGAACAUGUGCUUUACCUUUUACCACGAUAUUGACGUGCCGGGUUGUGAUCCGUACCGGGAGUACCUGUACACCUAUCUGCGCGAUCAGCCCAUCUGGCAGACGUUGCGAUUCUGGAAUGCGGCCUUCUUCGAUGCGCUGCAAACGGAACGCAAACAUCGCCCGGUGCCACCGACGGUUAAACAUUCGCCAAAUGCGGCACCGGGACAGGUGAAGGGCUCAGCAAAAGGUGGCGUGAUGGAUCCGUUCGCAGGACUUACGGAGGAUGGAAUGAUGAGUGGAGCCACGCUAGCCGUGCCGGAAAUGGAACGCUCUUCGUCGACCAGUGCUUGUGAUCGGACGGAUCCGGCUGAACUGCAGGAGGACAAGCAUUACCAUCAGAAUCUUAGCUUCGGGCAGCUUGGGAGUUUUACGUGUAACAUGCACGCGUUUGGGCUUUCGCGCGCGUUGUGCAACGAGUUUUUGCUGAAGCAGAGCGUUAUCGCUAACCUUUCUCCGGAGCAACAGAAGCUGCUCCAGGAGAACGUCGAUCGGAUGUACCGGGAAACGGAUCCUUGGCGGGAAAACUAGGACAUGGAAGGGCCACAACCUUGCGGCGCAUCGCCAAUGAUGAUAGACACAAAGCAAUCAACUGCUACAAAUUGUGACAAAAACAACCGGAUAGUAUUUUGUGAUAACUUUAUGUGAUGCCCCGUAGGCGACGAGGAAUCGCGCGCGAGUGUAGGAAAAUCGCAAAGUUUGAUGGCCAGCUGUGUGAGAGCGUCCAGACGCAAGCGGCAAGUUGUGUCAUUUCAACCCCUUGGACUUCGUUCAGUCGGAUAUCGCUCCCUCAUAUACACGUGCAUGCAAAUUGCAGUGGCAUUACGUUUGCCUGCUACACGCGGAAGUUUAUUC